UAGCUUCUUCUCCCAUAACGGUGUGUUUCUGCAAAAUCUGGUUGAUUAGUCCGAGUUAUUCCAAACUUUCGCCAUGGUGCUCGAGGCUACCAUGAUCUGUAUUGAUAACUCUGAAUGGAUGAGAAACGGUGAUUAUGCGCCUACGCGGUUUCAGGCCCAAGCCGACGCAGUUAAUCUCAUCUGUGGAGCUAAAACACAGUCUAAUCCGGAGAAUACCGUGGGAGUUUUAACAAUGGCUGGGAAAGGAGUACGUGUGUUGGUCACUCCGACUAGCGAUCUUGGCAAGAUCUUGGCUUGCAUGCACAGUUUAGAAAUAGGUGGUGAAAUGAAUUUAGCUGCGGGCAUCCAAGUUGCUCAGCUCACUCUCAAGCAUCGCCAAAACAAGAAGCAGCAGCAAAGAAUCAUUGUUUUUACUGGAAGUCCAGUCAAAUAUGACAAGAAAGUCCUGGAAGCAAUUGGAAGGAAGUUAAAAAAGAAUAGUGUGGCACUUGAUAUUGUUGACUUUGGUGAUGAUGAUGAUAAGCUGGAGAAGCUGGAAGCCCUCCUUUCUUCUGUCAAUAAUAAUGACAGCAGUCACAUUGUUCAUGUUCCUCCUGGUUCAGAUGCUCUCUCUGAUGUACUUAUAAGCACACCCAUAUUCACUGGAGAUGGGGAAGGAGGAAGUGGUUUUGCAGCGGCGGCAGCUGCAGCAGGUGGUGUUUCUGGCAUUGAUUUUGGUGUGGAUCCCAACUUAGAUCCUGAGCUUGCUCUUGCCCUUAGGGUUUCAAUGGAAGAGGAGAGGGCAAGGCAAGAAGCUGCUGCAAAAAGGGCUGCUGAGGAAACUGCAAGACACGAAAAGGGAGAGCAGCCAUUAAAUUCUCAGGAUGCAAAUAUGACUGAAGUGGGUAGCAUUACAGCUCCUGAAUCUGAAAACAAAAGAAAUGAUCUAAUGGAUGAUGAGGCAGCAUUACUAGAGCAGGCUAUUGCAAUGUCCAUGGAUGAUGCUAAGUCUGGUCCCUCAGUGGACACAGAUAUGUUGGAGGCAACUAGAGAGGAUCAAGAUUUGGCUUUUGCUCUUCAAAUGUCUGUCCAAGACGGUGCAAAAGAUUCAGCAACUCAGACAGAGAUGAGCAAAGUGUUGGGAGACCAGUCAUUUCUGUCAUCUAUACUUGGUUCGCUUCCAGGAGUUGACCCAAAUGAUCCUUCUGUGAAAGAUUUGCUUGUAUCUCUGCAGGGGCAAUCAGAACAAAAGGAGGAUGAAGAUAAGCCACCGAGUGAAGAUGAAAGAUAAUGGUGCUCAUUCGCUGCUAAUUCUUUGAGGUAAGAGAGCCCAUAGUUGUAGUUACGAUGAAGCAUUGAUGGUUCAUGUGUCUUUGUGGGAUGUGCAUGGAUGGAGUGUUUCUUAUAAACUAUAGAGGACUUUGCAUGGACAGGUUUGCCCAUUCAGAACUGCAUUUUUUCCAUAAAGCUCAAAUAAACUUCAUCUUCUCUGUGGUCUCGUUUUAUGUUUCACAUAUUUAAGUCAUAUAAGCUGUCUUCGUGC